CUUAGCCUUAGGUAGUCAUAAAUCAUUCUUAAUGUUCAAAAGUAUAGUAGAUAUUUAUUCCUCUAGAUUUGUCUGGCGUCUACCUACCUACCUAUGCCUGUCCUGGUUUGGAUCUGUUUCUUGCAACCCCGCCGCACGGACGUCGCAUCUACGGCGCAGACUAGAAGCAGGGAACCAGCGGUCUGAAAUCGACUGAUAGCCACGUCUGUUAUCAGGAUAACUUCGAAUUGGGAAACCUAGGGCCGCCUAAUACUGCAAGAGAAAAAGGCAUAUUGCUCUUGCUUCCAUCACCACUCAGGCAUCUUGAAGUUCUGAGAUCGGUCGGAUAUUCUUACCGAGGCACAACAAGCAAGGCUGGACAGAACCUGAAUCAGGUGAAUAGCAGGCCGCCAACAUGUCUUUCACACCUUCAGAGAAUAGCUCGGCUCUGCCGUUGAGACCAGCUCUCAAGGAAGACCAACCAGCGAGUCCAAAGAGUGGCCCAGCCAAAGUUGUCUCAAUCGCAGAACCAGGAAGCAUUACCCCUCUUUCCGGCUCCGAAGACUCGUCCCGACCAAAACAAUUCAGAGCAGGAGUGAGUGAAAGAAGAAUGACGGGUCGUCCCAGCAUUCCAACGAGCUCCUCAAGGCUCUCGAUGCUCAGUCAAAGCAGUGUCGAUGAGCCUGUGCCGACCUCAGACGCGUCUUCUCCUGCUCAAGGAAAGCACCACAAAUACCAUAGCCCCUUACAACAUGGCCACCACGAACAUCGCCACAACAAACUCCUGUCGCAAGUCGCCGAGUGGCUGCAAGCAGAGAAAGCCAAGAGAGCUGCAAAGAAGGCACACAAGAGAGGAGAUGAAGUGGAAGAUAAUGAAGACAGCCAUGUAUUUCGAUCGCGUACUGCCAGCCAGAGCUCCGAUAGUAGCGCCAUAUCUCUUGAGAAGCUCCAGCAGAUCUUAGAAGACAACAUGAGUUCUUUCGGACUUGAGACCUUGCCUGCGGCUUCUCCGACGACUGAAGUGCGACGUCCAGGUUAUGGUCAGAAAAGACGUUCAUCGAUAAGGAAGAUGUACAUUGGAAGUUCGGACACGGAAUACCAAGAUGGUGAUGUUGUGGUGCCUUCGUGCGACGUUGUGUUGGAUAAUUCCAAAACCAUGUCGUACGGUGGAGGGGCAUCAGAAUCAGCCGUCGAGACGGUUACACUGAGUACAAGUAAGAAGGCCGAGAAGGAGCGGAAGUCAUGGUUAAAAUUCAAGAAUGAGAUUGUGCGGCUGGCUCAUACGCUCAGGUUGAAGGGUUGGAGACGUGUACCACUCGAACGUGGUGGUGACAUUGAAGUCAAGAGACUGAGUGGCGCUCUCACAAAUGCAGUGUACGUUGUCUCGCCUCCCAAGGAUCUUCCGAUCCAGAACUCGAACGGCGAGCCACACAUGCCUAAGCCACCCCCAAAGCUACUCCUCCGUAUCUACGGACCUCAAGUCGAGCAUCUCAUCGAUCGCGAGAACGAGCUCUCUAUCUUACGCCGCCUUGCUCGUAAGAAGAUUGGCCCUAGACUUCUGGGGACUUUCACAAAUGGACGCUUUGAAGAGUUCUUUAACGCGGAAACACUGACAUUUGAUGACCUGCGAGUCGAGAGUACAAGUAAGCAAAUCGCCAAGCGUAUGCGCGAGCUCCAUGAUGGCAUUGAUCUCCUUGAGAAUGAACGGGAGGAGGGCCCUUUCGUCUGGUUGAACUGGGAUAAAUGGGUCAACAAUUGCGAGAAGGUCAUAAGUUACCUUGAUAAGGAGAUUUUGAGCGGUAAAGAAUCAAAGGACGAACUAUGGAGAUCCAGAGGCUUGGUCUGCGGAGUUGAAUGGCCUCAAUUCAAAGCUGCCAUUGACAAGUAUCGCAAAUGGCUGGAUAGCUACUAUGGAAAGGGUGGCGUCAACAGAAGAUUGGUCUUUGCUCAUAACGAUACUCAAUAUGGAAACAUUCUACGCCUUGUUCCUGAGAAGCUAUCCGAAGGAUCUGCUCCAUCGCCACUUCUCCUCCCAGAGAACAGACAUAAGCAACUGAUCGUUAUCGACUUUGAGUAUGCGUCGGCGAAUACCCCAGGCCUGGAGUUUGCCAACCAUUUCACAGAAUGGUGCUACAAUUAUCAUGACACUACACGGGCAUGGGCUUGUAACACACAGCGCUAUCCCACAUUAGAGCAGCAAAUGACAUUCAUCCGCUCAUACCUCAACCAUCGUCCGCAGUUCAACCCAAGGGCUUCCGCUACCCCUAAAAUGUACCCGCUCGAAGGCUCUAGUAGAAACAGUAUCUCUGAUUUUUAUCUUGACUCUCGAACCCCAGGCGGCAGCACAGUCGACCUUCAAAGCUCCAACUAUGCCGAGGAAGAGGCCAGAAGGGAGCAGGAAACAGAAAGACAAGUCCAGGAGCUGCUCAAGGAGGUGCGAAUCUGGCGUGUGGCCAACAGCGCCCAGUGGGUGGCAUGGGGAAUCGUCCAAGCCGUCGUUCCAGGUCUCGACGACAAAAGCAAUGCAUCAGAUGCUCCCGGAGACGAACCAUCUAGCGGAUCAACAACCGCCUCGGAGACGCUAGAAAUCAAGGACGGCAGCGACAAGGCUGUGGAAGGAGAUGAGGAAGAGGAAUUCGAUUAUCUGGCGUACGCACAGGAUAGGGCGAUGUUCUUCUGGGGAGAUGUCAUCUCCUUGGGGAUUGUUGACAAGGCGGAAUUACCAGAUGACCUGCUCAAGAAAGUCAAGAUUCUAGAGUACUAGAUGGUAAAGACUAGUUUUCUUUUCAGGCUGAGAAGGGCCUCGUCUUUCAGCAAGGAAGUAAGUUUUGACACCUUAUGAAUGAUCGACUUGAUCUUGGCAAUGGCAUCGAUAAUAGAUAGCGUUGUAAUCAGCGAUAGAGGGGAUAUCUUUGAGAGGAGAGUACCACGGUAGACAAUCAUGAUAAAUACCAUUUUGAUUUUGACAAAACAUGAUAGUACAAGAAGAACAGAUAUAUUCUAAAGUUGCCCCUUAUAGCUCUCGUCCCGGAAAAACUACUGCUUCAGGGGAUAGGAG